AUUCGCAUCCCCGCGCUUGCACUUUGACCCCAGAGAUAGAGGUCCCCCAUUUUCUUGCUACUUCAUUUCCACUUCGAUCAUUUUGAGAUACCCUUUUCGUUAUUAGCAAGAAUCUGUCUGUCAUGGAGGGACAAUUCGAUGAUGCCGCACAGGAUCGUGUGCGUGCCGCUGUCGAAUUUCUCGAUCCAAGUGAUGCUAGAGCACGCAGUUAUCGAGCCGAUAUCUUGUUGAUGCUGAACAGAGGGCUACGGCGGUUAAUAGUCAGCAUUGAUGAGAUUCGAGCACAUAGCCGUGAGAUGGCUGAUGGUCUUCUCACAUCUCCCUACGAAUACACCGAUGCCUUCGAGAGGGCCUUGAAAGAUAUCAUUAAGACACUGCCCAACCGACCGUCGAGAGAAACUGCAGACGAUGUGCAUUAUCACUGUGGCUUCGUUGGCGCCUUUGGAGAAUUUUCCUGCAACCCCAGAACCCUUGGCUCCUCACAUCUGAACCGGAUGAUCUCGCUGGAGGGAAUUGUGACUAAGUGCUCCUUGGUCCGACCGAAAGUUAUUCAGAGUGUACAUUGGAGUGAGCGCACCAAGAAGUUCCUCACCAGGAAAUAUGUCGACGCGACGAUGACUGCGAGUGGAGCAACUAGCAUGAGUGUUUACCCCCAAGAGGAUGAUGAGAAGAACCCAUUGACCACGGAAUACGGCUACUCGACCUACAUGGACCACCAGACUAUUUCGAUUCAGGAAAUGCCUGAACGGGCACCGGCCGGCCAACUUCCGCGCAGUGUGGAUGUGAUCUUGGACGAUGACUUGGUGGAUCGAGCCAAACCCGGAGACAGAAUUCAGCUUGUCGGCACUUACCGUACUCUGGGUAACCGAAACGCAUCUUCCACAUCCGCCACUUUUCGUACGCUCGUAUUAGCCAACAACAUCAUCCAGCUGGCAUCUAAAUCAGGCGGUGGCAUCGCGCAAACUACCAUCACCGAUACCGACAUUCGAAACAUCAACAAGGUCGCUAAGAAGAAGAGCGUGUUUGAGUUGCUAUCUCAGUCCCUCGCGCCCAGUAUUCACGGCCAUGACUACAUCAAGAAGGCGAUCUUGCUUAUGCUGCUUGGUGGCAUGGAGAAGAAUUUGGACAAUGGAACUCACUUGCGUGGUGAUAUCAACAUUCUCAUGGUCGGUGAUCCGUCUACUGCCAAAUCACAGCUCCUUCGCUUUGUUCUGAAUACCGCACCGCUUGCUAUUGCAACCACGGGUCGAGGUUCUUCUGGAGUCGGUCUUACUGCUGCUGUCACUUCCGACAAGGAGACGGGUGAGCGCAGACUUGAGGCCGGUGCUAUGGUUCUUGGUGACCGUGGGGUUGUCUGUAUUGACGAGUUCGACAAGAUGAGUGAUGUUGAUCGUGUGGCUAUUCACGAAGUGAUGGAACAGCAAACAGUCACAAUCGCAAAGGCUGGUAUCCAUACGAGUCUGAACGCUCGAUGCAGUGUCCUGGCUGCCGCCAAUCCUAUCUACGGUCAAUACGACCCUCACAAGGACCCGCAUAAGAACAUCGCUUUGCCCGAUUCUCUCUUGUCGCGUUUUGAUUUGCUUUUUGUUGUGACGGACGACAUCGAAGACGCUAAGGACCGAAUGGUUUCCGAGCACGUCCUUCGUAUGCACCGCUACCGCCAGCCUGGCGCUGAGGAGGGUGCACCGGUUCGUGAACAACAGCAUCAGACCCUUGGUGUCGGUUUAGAGGACAACCAGGAUUCAAACCAUCCCACUGAUGUCUACGAGAAAUUCAAUGUCAUGCUACAUGCUGGCAUGGCCAACCAGCGGAGCAAGAACAAGAACGUCGAGAUCCUGAGCAUUCCCUUCAUCAAGAAGUAUGUUCAAUACGCGAAGACUCGUGUCAAGCCCGUGUUGACCAAGAGAGCUGCCGACCACAUUGUAUCGACUUACUCGGCGCUGAGAAACGACGAUUUGGCCGGCAACCAGCGCAGAACGUCUCCCAUCACCGCUCGUACUCUCGAAACCCUUAUUCGUUUGUCCACAGCCCAUGCCAAAUCGCGCCUCUCGAACAGAGUGGAAGAACGCGAUGCCAAGGUCGCAGAAUCGAUCCUGCGAUUUGCCAUGUUCAAGGAAGUGCUUGAAGACGAGCGCCGGAAGAGGAGAAAGGUCACUACUUUUGACGAGGACUCGGAAAGCGAUGACUCCGAUUCUGAGAGUGAUGAAGAUACCCCUGCGCAGACUGCAAGCGCGACCCCCCGAUCUACCAGACGGGGCGGGAUGAGAACUCGCGGUGCCAAUGGUGUCUCGACCAUAACCGAGGACACCGAGAUGGAUGCGGAGGGAGACAACGUGUCUGAGGAUGGGGAUGGCCUGUACAACUCCAGUCCCCGUGGCCAGCGGCUUCGCUCCAGCCGGACUCAGCCCGAGUCGCAAAGCCAGUCUCAGAUGUCGGUAGCAUCGUCCCGUCCGGCGUCGCAGCUGGUCGAGUCUCAGACGGACACCUCGCAGUCGCAGACCGCCAGCCUUUCGUCUCAGCCUAUCCAGCCUGCCCGUCUGACGGUCUUCCGCCAGGCUCUGGGCCCGCUGAUGGGCACCCGCUUGUUUACCCACGGAGACACCGCCGACGUGGAGGAGCUUAUUGGCGCGGUCAAUACCGCUAUUCGCAGUGCUCCCUCACUUGGCGAGAGCCACGUCUUCCAGCGUCCGGAGGCCCUGCAGGCCCUGCGGGCCAUGAAUGAGAGAAACGAAUUGAUGUACCUUGAGGAUGAUGAAACUGUUUACAGAAUUUAAUGAGCUAUUCGGUUGAGGAUCUUUUCGGCAUAGAAUCUGGGGUGUUCUGUUGUUGUUGUCACGAAAUCAAGCAGGGUUGUACGUGCAUGGUAUUUUUUGUUACACGACGACUUUGUUCUACAUAAUCGACAUUUGGAGAAAGAUAUGGCGUUUUUCGGAGUAACUUCGGUUGUGUUGCUGAGAAUUUGAAGUAGUCUAUGUAUCAUCGAAUUGAUAAUACAGCUAUAUCUGAU